CUUUCCCGUUAGGACUGAGCUUGGCAAAAAGGGGAAAAAAAACAAAACAAAACAAAAAAAACGGGAUAAAAGUUUCAGUAAUUUCUAAACUAGCAGAGAAACAGAGGUCAGCUGUUCUCCUCCCAUCGCUUCACCUCCCUCCCCUCCACUCAGCCCCUAACAUUUCAAAACUCCUUGCCAUGCCACUGCCACGAUCCGCUGGCUCUCUAAACACCGAACACCGGGAGCCCGGGAGGGAGAAGCAAGACAUAUUUUAAAGAUGAUGUUCCAGAAAUAACACGGGCCGCUUCACUGGACGUCCGCAUGUUUCCUCAACUUCAGGGAAACCAGUGAAGAGAGAGACUGUGUGGAAUGGAGGAAAAGAGGAGGAGAUAAAAAGGCACAGAGAGACUGGCUGGGGGUAAAAAAAAAAAAACUAAAAAAAAACAGGAAACCAACCGAAUCUAAUGCUGUUUCUGCAAAUCCUUCUGAGAUAAAAUGCUGCAGUAGACUGCCACAGCCGGCUCUCCGUUACAACCGUUAAAAAGUUAGACCAUGCCUCAAGCUGGCAUCUCUGAACGCAGGGCUAAAAGUUAGAGAGUGACGUCACAUCUGCUCUUCACACAAGAAUUCCUCAGCCUCCGACAAUGUGGUUAGUCAAGAUGUGAGCGGAUGCAGUCUUUUUGGGAGCUGAACGUUUGGGUUUCUAUGCGGUUGCUUUUUGACCCACAGCCUUAACCCUUUGCCGGGGUCAUAUGGAUCAGACGCUGCAUUUUCUAGGAUUUGUCUCUUUUGAUCAUCUGGACAAUUAAGUGGAGCCACAUGAAGAAUAAAGGGACGAAGCAGAAGGCCAAAAAGAAAGGAAGUGAGAAUGCAUUUGGCUGUGACCUGAUCGAGCACCUUCAGAAUUCUGGACAAGAUGUUCCACAGGUUCUUAAGUAUUGUGCGGAGUUUAUUGAGAAGCAUGGCAUUGUGGAUGGGAUCUACAGACUGUCAGGGGUCACCUCAAAUAUCCAGCGACUCAGGCAGGAAUUUUGCUCUGAGGCCUGCCCUGACCUUACAAAGGAAGUGUACCUCCAGGACAUCCACUGUGUGGGCUCCUUAUGCAAGUUGUACUUCAGGGAGCUGCCCAAUCCCCUGCUCACAUAUGAGCUUUACAGCAAAUUCACCGAAGCAAUGACAGUUCAGGGGGAUCAUGAGAAGCUCUUACAUAUGCAGAGUGUCAUCCAACAGCUCCCCGUCCCCCACUUUAGGACGCUGGAGUACCUCACUAAACACCUGAGCCACCUUGCCACCUUGAGCACCCAGACAAACAUGCACACCCGUAACCUGGCGCUGGUGUGGGCUCCAAAUCUGUUGAGGUCUAAAGACAUUGAAGUUGCAACCUGUAAUGGAGAUAUGGCUUUCCAGGAGGUACGGGUGCAACAGUCGGUAGUGGAGUUCAUUCUGAACCACACAGACCACAUCUUCAACCAAGGGGCUGUGCCGAUCAAACCUAAAGAAGACCUCAAUUUGUCAUGUGGGGAGAAGUAUGCCACACUUCCUAUGGGUGGCCAGUGUGGGCCUAUGAAACUCAUGAGCUUGGAGGAGGCCCAAGCACGCUCCUUGAGCCCAAACCACCCAGCACAUAAAGAACGCCAGAGAGAGAACAGUCUACCAGACACCAGCACCGCCAUGUUGUACCACACUGUCAUAGACAUAUCAGAGAGCAAGAGAAAGUUUUCUGGGAAAUCGAAGAAGUGGAAGUCUAUCUUCAACCUGGGCAAGUCUGUCACAGAUUCAAAGGGGAAACUAAGUCGGAACGGCAGUGUGUUCAUACGGGGGCCGAGUGUCACAGAAAAGGCGGCUCUUCGGCCAUCCAGGAGUAUGGAAUCCCUGUGCUCCCUGCCAACAGAUGACGACAGAAUGGGAGCUAGCAGCCCAGCCUGUGGAACAAACGGUGGAUUUCUUCCAGACAUGAAAUCCAGAACAUUAGGAUCUGACUCACUCUAUGACCUGAGUGAACAGGAUGAAAAAUGGGAAUUAAAAGGGAAAAAAGCUGUUGGGGCAACAGGUGGUUGUAACCCAAGCAUGAAUCAAAGAGGGUCCACAGGAACCUCGGCUCCACCUCAAAAAGCACUACCAGAACAGCUGAAAGUGUUCAAAGGUGAUGACCUCGGCGGCUACCAGCCAACUUCUCCUAAAAACAGGAGGAUGUUGUACUCCGGUGCCGCCCACAACAGCUCAUCUAGACCCUCCUUCCCAGGAAGCUUCUUCCCAUUGGAGUCCUCCCCGAGACAUCAACGCAAAGCCGUCAACAUAUCUGAGCCCUUUGCGGUGUCCGUGCCCCUACGGGUGUCGGCCGUCAUCAGCUCCAACAGCACCCCCUGCAGGGGGCUUACGAAAGAGAAGCCAGCCGCAGCUGCCCUGAAACCCUGCAAAGAGACGGCAAUUUUAGAGGAGUACAACGACUGUGACAGGGGCAACACAGCCCCCCUACUGGAAACAGGGAAAGAAGAAACAGCAAAGGAGAAGAACCACGGGGAAAUCAUUUCUUUGGGCAUGGCAGAAGACUCAAGUGGAGAAGUGACUCAGGAGGCUCAAGGGUCGAGGAGGGAUAUUUCACAACUGGAACGCUCUUCCAUUGCAAAUGCAAGCGAAGACGUAGCUACAGCACCAUCUCCUGGAAAACAACUGUACAGCCAGCCCAAAGCCACAAAACUGGACAUGAGCGCUUCUCCCAUUGGGAAAAAAUUGUGGUCUGAACUCCACCAGGAACUGAAAAUCACUGAGCCUGAGAUUGACUUGCUGGAUGAGACAUUAAAGCCCGUUUUCUCUUCCAUCAGCGCUUGUGAGGAUGUUAAGCGAAAACCAGACGUACAAUCCAAACGAAGCAGCAGCUCUCCAACGCUUUCUUUGCUACACAGGGAACAGGCUUCAAAUACUGCUGUAUCUAAUAAUUUCAUCACUUUUGCAUCAAACUCUGCAAGAAAGCAACCCUCGGAGUCAGACAUCCUAUUUCCAUCUCACAAAAACUCGGGUUUCCUCAGUGGGAAUGCAAAGAUUCCUCACACUCAGUCUGUUGAUCUGAAGGAUGUGAAAGAGAACACACUGCAUCAGGUCCCCAUAAAAAGUAAAUCCCUGAGCACAGAUAAACCUGCUGAUACCAAAAACUGGCAAGUUCUCUCAAAGCACACGAGUUUAGAUUCUGCACAAUAUGGUCAAUUCAUAAAACCGUUGCAAAGAGGAUGUUCUCUUACAGACUCAAGAUUGCCAGUUGAUCAUAAAAGCCAAGAAGAAUCAGGGAACCAUCAGGAGGACAAAAGUGUCUCCCCUGAUGGCGGAAAGAAAAAUGUGAGUGCCGAGCUACGAGGGAUUCAGAGACAGACAGUCUGUCUGGAGGACAGGCCCAACACCUUGGAGUUACCCAACCUCGAAGAUGAAGAUGGAUGUGUGGGAAACUUAGAGGAGUUGGACUUGCUGGAACCCUGGGAGGACAUUAGCUCCACCAAACAGUGGGUUACCAGUCCUCUCCAUUCACCUGACAUGGACGAGUUGUUUGGCAAACUGCCGACGUCAUCUUCUUCCCCCGCAGUAGAGGAAACUUUGUGCUUGGAGGAGGGAAACGCGUCAUCUCUUUCGUUUCAAAAAAACAAACAAUCUAAGAAAAGUACCAAGCUGCUCUCAGGAAGCAGUCCUCAGAUUUCCGGUAGCAAACUAGACAGUAAAGGGACUUACCCACAGCCCUUGCCCAUCAGAUUCAGUGUGGCCAGCACCAAUCCAGCACAACCACAGAUAGGAAAGUGCAAUACGUCGAAACAAAGGAACGCAUUUUCAUCUCAGAGGUUUCACAGGCAGAUGUCUCAAGAUACAUAUCUUUCAGAGAAAAGAGAGGAAGGUGGCUUCUCCAAACACAGGCCAUAUUCUCUGAAUUUGGAUUUAGGGCACCGGUGCAUCAGAGAUAUUUCUAACCAGCAAAACCAUAAUUGCUCUGAGUUCAGUCAGAGAGGGUUAUUGACACCAUCUGGGACCAUAAACAACGGACUGUCCAUGGACUUAGAAUUGUUCCUGAAUGACCACCAGGCCCCACUACGCCGAAACUCUGCUCCAGUAAGUGUAUCAUCAGUGAGAACAGCCUUCAUGAUAAAGACAUGCCAGGCCAAAGCUGUGCCUGUCAUACCUCCAAAAGUGCAGUACAGUCAGAUACCUCACACCAAGCAUGAGAAAGAUUGUGAUGUCGUCAAGGAGCAGGAAAAGGAGCAUCCUAAAGUGAAUAUGGAGAAAACUGUACUUCCACAGACAAUCACCGACCUUAAGGAGGAGUUAGAGAAUAAAGAGCCUGCCCCAAAAUAUCAAAGACAGCCGAGCACAGAGAAAUCUGCAGAGUCAGCCAAGAGCUUGCCCAAUCCAGACCUCCCAGUGAUUAUGAGGAAACAUCCUCCCAAUGUCGACUUAUUUGUUGACUGCCCAAGACCUAAUCGAGCCAACCUCUUACAAAGGCCAUCCUUUAGAAACAGGCAAAGACCACAGAGUCUUAUCUUGCUCAGUCCUCCCUUUCCCAUCAUGGACUACCCACCAUUAGGGGACGAUAGCAAGCUACUCAUGUCUCCUAUGCGGAACAUUACUGACACAUCAGCCGUUAAUGUCUUCUCCAAAGAGACUGCAGAAAACUUCAGGAUCCCGGAGGGUAUAAAUCCUCAAAACAAAAUGACUAUUCCCAAAAGCGGACAGAGGCUGGAAACCUCCACCAGCUGCUUCUAUCAACCGCAGAGAAGAUCAAUGAUAUUUGAUAGCAGGAGCAACAGACAGAUUGACUGACAGACUGAAAUCUGUUUAUGGGAUGAAGCAUGUGUAAAUAAAUGUAUAGUGAAACUUCUUCUGAAAAUCUAAAGAAUUUGAUGGAUGUGAUUAUGAUAAUUGCUGAUAAUAGAUAACACUAUUUGAUCUGGUUAUUUUUCUCGAAAAAUCGUAGCAGUAUUUGUUGAAAUGCUGAUGUGCUCUAUGAUGAAGUUGAGGAAGACCCAAAAUAUCUUGGUGAGUUCGGAAGGGUUUUUUUUUAUAAGAGAACAGUGAACAUUUUUAGAAAACUUUGGCAUAUUUGAACAUUGGAAAAACGUUUCAAAAGUUAUUCAGCAAGAUUUGAGUUUCAUGCACAAGUGAUCUCUGAGAUGUUGCCACACUGAGUGAGGGAGAAGUGUGCCUUUUCUUUUCAUAAUCUGUGUGGGGCAAGGGUUGUGGGAUGCCCAUCUGACUUUUUGUGUUUGCAAAAUGCCAUUCAGACUACGAAUUUUCGAGCACCAUCAACGUCACCCUCUCAAAACGUCCAUAGUGCGCUCAUGACCAAUGACUCAGUGCAGCAGAUCCAAGAAAAUUUACAACAACAGUAAAUACCAUCAAAAAGUUGCAACUCAACAACAGUGAAAAUCAGCCUUUGCCAGACUUUAAUUUGUCAUUUUGUUUUAUUUACAGUUAAAUGGUGGGAUUACUAUCUCAAAUAUGUGAAAAUUUUAUAAUGGUUCUUUUCAUCUUCCCUUCCUCUGGGUCUAAAAUGGAGUGUAUAUAUAUAUAUUUAUAUA